UGGCGGAUAGCGUGUUAAAGUUGUUUUGAGUUUUUCUGCCAAAAUAUACGAAGCAAUUACUUAUUUUUGUGCAACUGUGUUGUAGAUACAAUACUCAGCUUUUAUUAAGCCGAAAAGGAAAAAAAUUAUAUGAAUAGCACGAUGAUGCCCAUAGGGGGGCCUCAAACUGUUCAUAAUUCGGGAAGCAUACCUCAAAGUACACCUCCUAAUUCAAGCACAUUGACACCUACAGGCUCCAAUAAGUCUAGCAGCAGUUUAAAACCAAAUUACACGCUCAAGUUCACAUUAGCUGGACAUACUAAGGCAGUCUCCUCAGUCAAAUUCAGCCCCAAUGGGGAAUGGUUAGCCAGUUCCUCUGCUGAUAAACUAAUUAAGAUAUGGGGAGCUUAUGAUGGCAAAUUUGAGAAAACUAUUUCAGGACAUAAAUUAGGAAUAAGUGAUGUAGCAUGGUCUAGUGAUAGUAGAUUAUUAGUGUCUGCUAGUGAUGAUAAAACUUUAAAAAUAUGGGAAUUAUCCUCUGGAAAAUGUUUAAAAACACUUAAGGGCCAUAGUAAUUACGUAUUUUGUUGUAACUUCAACCCUCAGUCAAACUUAAUUGUGUCUGGUUCCUUUGAUGAAUCUGUCAGAAUUUGGGAUGUUAGAACUGGUAAAUGUUUAAAAACAUUACCUGCCCAUUCAGAUCCUGUUAGUGCCGUACAUUUUAAUAGGGAUGGAUCCCUUAUUGUAAGCAGUAGCUAUGAUGGGCUAUGCCGAAUAUGGGAUACCGCUUCCGGUCAGUGUUUAAAAACAUUGAUUGAUGAUGAUAAUCCACCAGUAUCUUUUGUAAAAUUUUCGCCAAAUGGAAAAUAUAUUCUUGCAGCCACAUUAGAUAACACACUUAAAUUAUGGGAUUAUGCAAAGGGCAAAUGUUUAAAAACGUACUCUGGUCAUAAAAACGAAAAAUAUUGUAUUUUUGCCAAUUUUUCUGUGACAGGUGGUAAAUGGAUUGUCAGUGGUUCUGAAGAUAAUAUGGUUUAUAUUUGGAAUCUACAAACUAAAGAAAUUGUACAAAAACUACAAGGACAUACAGAUGUGGUCCUCUGUACAACUUGUCAUCCAACAGAAAACAUUAUCGCCUCAGCAGCUUUGGAAAACGACAAAACCAUAAAGCUUUGGAAAAGUGACACCUAGGUAUCUAGUAUUAUUUUUAAAAGGAUUGACUAUUUUUGUACAUUUACAUAGAAAUGUACAUAAGUUUGUUUACAAUAUUUAAGUUAAAAGUUUAUUUGGUGAUGCAUCCACAAAAAACUAAUAAAUCAUCAUAACACAGUAAUAUCUAAUUUGGCUUAAUAAUUACAGCAAAAUUACCGUUUAUAUUUUAACUAUUGUAAAAAAAUUAAAAUGAAAACUUAAUUACCUACGUUAAUUUAUUUUUUUCGACAAUGUAUAUAUUUUUCAAAAAAUAUUUUUUAUAGAUUUAAAUGUUAAUAUAAAAGAUACCAUUAAA